AUGGCAACGGCAUGUCAUGAGUCGGUGUUUCUUGGGCAAGGAUUAUUUUUCAGUCCUGCUCCCAAGGCAAUAACUGGGAGCGAAUUGGAUGCAAUGGCACAGUUGCGGGUGGCGCAGAGAGGAGCCAGCCCCGCGGUAGCCAUGGGCGGGAGAAUGAAGGCGGAAGGCCCUGGUCGUCUCAAUAUUAGACCCUUCAUGCGGCACUGGACGUCUGAUAGCUUGACACUUAGGUUUGUUUCGUUUGGUGACCAACGUUGUCUGUCUAUUGAGAGUGGAAUGGGGGGCGAAGUUCCUGAUUGUGGUAGAAAACUGUCCAGCGAAUUCAACCAUCGAAUGUUAGAAUCAUGUUGCAAAUGCAAAACUAGGUAG